ACGGGCGGGGCCUUACCGGGUUGUCCCCGCCCACUCCCGGUGGCCCCGCCCCACCCGCGUGUUUCCUGUUCUGAUUGUCAGUCCUUGGCUCUGCCUGGCUUUGAAUCUAUCUCUGCUCAGGUCUAGAAGAUGAACAAACCCAUAACACCAUCUACAUAUGUGCGCUGCCUCAAUGUUGGACUAAUUAGAAAACUGUCCGAUUUUAUUGAUCCUCAGGAAGGGUGGAAGAAAUUAGCUGUAGCUAUUAAAAAACCAUCUGGUGAUGAUAGAUACAAUCAGUUUCACAUAAGGAGAUUCGAAGCAUUAGUUCAAACUGGAAAAAGCCCCACUUCUGAAUUACUGUUUGACUGGGGUACCACAAAUUGCACAGUUGGUGAUCUUGUGGAUAUUUUGAUCCAAAAUGAGCUUUUUGCUCCUGCAAGUCUUUUGCUGCCAGAUGCUGUUCCCAAACCUGUUAAUACUUUACCAUCUAAAGAAGCUGUAACAGUUCAGCAGAAUCACAUGCCUUUCUAUGAAAAAGGAAGCACACCUCUAACACCUGUGCAGAAUCUUGACCAAAGCCAUAUCACACUUGAUUCAAGUCCAGAAAAUAAAAGUUUAGAUGUUAGUGAUACACGUUUUCAUUGUUUUUCAUUUUAUGAAUUGAAGAGUGUCACAAAUGACUUUGAUGAACGACCUAUUUCUCUUGGUGGCAAUAAAAUGGGAGAGGGAGGAUUUGGAGUUGUGUAUAAAGGCUGUGUGAACAACACAACUGUGGCUGUGAAGAAGCUUGCAGCAAUGGUUGACAUUAGCACUGAAGAACUGAAACAACAGUUUGAUCAAGAAAUACAAGUAAUGGCAAAGUGUCAACAUGAAAAUCUAGUAGAACUGCUUGGUUUUUCGAGUGAUGGUGAUGAUCUCUGUUUAGUGUAUGUCUACAUGCCCAAUGGUUCAUUGCUAGACAGACUGUCUUGCUUGGAUGGUACUCCACCACUUUCUUGGCACAUGAGAUGCAAGAUUGCUCAGGGUGCAGCUAAUGGCAUCAGUUUUUUACACGAAAACCAUCAUAUUCAUAGAGAUAUUAAAAGUGCAAAUAUCUUAUUAGAUGAAGACUUCACUGCCAAGAUAUCUGAUUUUGGGCUUGCACGGGCUUCUGAGAAGUUUGCCCAGACAGUCAUGACCAGCAGGAUUGUGGGCACCACAGCUUACAUGGCACCCGAAGCUCUGCGAGGAGAAAUAACACCCAAGUCCGACAUCUAUAGCUUUGGUGUGGUUUUAUUGGAAAUAAUAACUGGACUUCCAGCUGUGGAUGAAAACCGUGAACCUCAAUUAUUACUGGAUAUUAAAGAAGAAAUUGAAGAUGAAGAAAAGACAAUUGAAGAUUAUAUUGAUGUGAAGAUAAAUGAUGCUGAUUCCACUUCAUUUGAAACUAUGUACUCUGUUGCUAGUCAAUGUCUGAAUGAAAAGAAAAAUAGGAGACCAGACAUUAAGAAGGUUCAACAGCAGCUGCAAGAGAUAACACCUUCCUAAAACUAUAGACUUUUAACUUUUUACAUACAGCUAUCUGCACCAUUUUUUAAGUCACCUUUUUUUUCUAAGCCUUCUUUAUCUUUAGCAAGGCAGCACGGGACAAUGCAGUGGUUAUUACAGCAUGUAUUGAAUCUCUAACAAGUGAAAGUAGCGCCUUCAUAUCAACAGUUAGCUCUACUCAGGGUCAACCUGGGAUUCAUAUGAAUCCCUGAGACUUUUCCUUCAAACUUCACCAAACAGAAAACUACAACAUUAGCAGAAAAAGCACUGGGCUAUAAGUUGAAAGACCCUGGUCUGAAGCCCAACUGACCCCAUUACUAACUUGCUGAAAACUUUGGGCAAACUCUUAGCUACCUUGAGCCAUGGUUUUUCCAUCUGUAACACUGACGUAACUUCCACUGUGCUUCCCUGACAGUGAUGAAAACAAACAAUACAAAAUAUACAAACAUUUUAAAAAUAUUAAAGUGAUAGUGUUUAAAGCUUAUAGAUGCAAUCAUUUCCACACUAUUUUCAACAUUCACCACAAACCAAAUAUCCUCUGAUGAAAUUCCAGUGAUGAUAUGACUAUUGUUAGACUGUAUUAUACAGCAAAGUUUAAAGAAUUUUGCAGCUGACUUUGAGUAUCAAAAUGCAAACUGGAAUGGGUCUGGGGGCAUCAGAAAAGUCAAGAGAGUCUCUUGUAGGCCUCGAAGUAAUGAAUAACCUGGUAUUAGAGGGCCACACCAGCCAAAACAUGCAGGAACCUCAAGCAGAUGAGAGCCACCCUCUAGCUCCCAGCCAACAGGAAGCAAAUGUGGCCUCAGGUGUACAAACCAAGGACUGAAGCCUGCCAGCAGGCUGAAAGGACUAAAAAUACUGCAACUUUCUGAUGAUACCACAAUCCCAGCUGACAACUCUGUUUCUACUGUGUGAGAUGCUCAGCAAAAGACUUGCUUGAGCUAUGCCAAGACCUCUGCCAUACUGAACUGUGAAAUAAUAAAUGAGUUGCAUUAAGCAACUGAAGUUGUGGUAAUUUAUUAUGCAGCAAUAGAAGACUCCUCCCAUGAUGAUUCUUCUGUGGUGAUCCCAUCAUGCUUACAGUAUAACAGGUUUAGUGUACUGGCUUUUGCUUUUGAUCAGGUCAAGUUGGUCUUUUGUAAUUUGCUGUUUUCACUGCAGAGAGUAAAACACCUACACUAGUAGUGGCAAAUGUUUUUAAAAAAUUAUUUUUAACUUUCUUCUAAGCUUAAAAUUCUUAGUUGGUUUUUAUCAUUUGAAAAUUCAUUCUGUACAUUUGGGUGAUCAGAAGGAGGAGAUUUCCUAAGCCUGAAAAUUGACAGAAAAAUCUGCUAUGCGUGGAAGGAAUGCCUGGUGUCUGCAUUUGUUUGCUCAUUCGGUAACUAGUGUGACAUUAGGUUUUCCAGUUCAAACCCAGAACAAAAGUGUGUAAAGCAAGGUGUAGCAGAUGGUCAUCCUUUAUGACAUACUGUUGAGACUCUCCUAGUCUUCUGGGAAACAAAGAUCAAACAUUUUCCUAGUGACCUUUAUAAAUUAACUAAGCAUAAGGCCAGGGAUUUCGUUCAGUGGUUCUGGCCCCUGCCUCAUAGGCACAAGGGCCCGAGUUCAAUACCUGGUACACACAAAAAAAAUAAAUAAGCAUGAAAGAAACAUUUGCUACUUGGAAUUGAAAAAAAGGCAAAUAAUAAAAUGACAAUUCAAAUUAUCUCAACAGGAACCUACACAAUUUGAGACAUUGUAUGGUGUAUAACACCUGGUAAUUAUU